AUGAUGUCCGACAAUUCUGAAGAUCAGGUUAGAAAGUGUUCUUUUAAAUUAAUUUUUAAUACAUAUUAAUUGUAAUUAUAUUUACUAUAUUUAAUUAAAUAAACUUUUAUUUUUAUAAAUACCUAGGUAUAUAAUUAUUAACUUUUAUAAACAAACAUAUUGAACUUAUUAAAUAGUCUUGUAAUUUAUUCAAAAGAAUAUAUCCUAACACAACCAUCUUACUGUUAUUUUUUUUAAAUAUUAUGACUAAUUAAUAAAUUAUAAACUUAUUACCAUUUGUUUUUUUUGAUUAAUAUAGUUUGUAUUGUUGCAGAAUCCUAGAGAUGCUGGAAAUAUGUGUUUGGAAUUGGCCUUGGAAGGCGAAAGACUAUGUAAAGCAGGAGAUUGUCGCUCUGGUGUUGCUUUCUUUCAAGCAGCUGUUCAAGCAGGAACUAAUGAUUUACGUACUCUAAGUGCCAUAUACAGCCAAUUAGGCAAUGCUUAUUUUUAUUUAGCAGAUUAUCCAAAGGCAUUGCAUUUUCAUAAACUUGACUUGGCUUUGGCAAGGUAAUGUAUUUUUAUUUUAUAUUCUAAUCAGGGUGAGGAAUUUCUAGGUUUUACAAUGAUUUUUUUUUUUAUCUGUGAACAACUUUCUACCAGAAAUUUUUCUCCGAUUUUCAAGUGUAGCAUUUUUUUUUUUUGAAAGGAUAUCUUGGUAGUAUUUACUAGGAAAGUCAUUUUUGAUUUUCCCAGAAAUUUUCGUAGUAAAUGGGUAAAAAUGGGAAAAUGUACAAAUAUGUAUUAUUUUUAAAUUGUAAAUAUUACGGCCUUUUAAAAUCUAUAUAACCGAGCUCUGCUCAGAAUCGUUUUUCGUUAGUAAAGAUUAAUUGUUGCAUACAAAUAUACAUUUAGUUUUCCCUCUACUUUCCUAACUUCUCAUCUACAACAGUGGUCCACCAAUUAUGAGAUGUAUGUUUGCAUCCUUUUAAAAUUUUGGUGCCUAUUGCUAGAAUCUUAAAAAAAUAAUACCUUAACAUUUUUGUAUCUAUAAAAUAAGUUAACAAUUGGUAAUGAUGUAGCUGGUUGGAUAAUGUGUUAGUUUUAUUACCGCAUGUCGAAAUAUUGGUAACUGAUUGUACCAUAGAUAUUAAUAUAGAGAAAAAUAAAAUUCACACUAUUUUCUUCCCAAUAAUUUUAAAUUUGUUUGGCAAUUAGCUAUACUACUCUUGUGUCAAUUAAAUAUUUAAUAAAUGGGAAAAAUGUGAUAUGAGUAUAAAUAAUGUUUAAUUGCCUAUACUGAAAUUAUUUUAAUGUAUAAAAUGUUUGUAAAAAAUGUAUUAAGUUAAAAUUAAAUUUCAGAACUUUAGGAGAUAAACCAGGUGAAGCUAAAUCUAGUGGAAACUUAGGAAAUACAUUAAAAGUAAUGGGAAACUUUGAUGAAGCUAUGAUUUGUUGUAAACGUCAUUUAGAAAUUGCAAGAGAAUUGGGAGAUAAGGUUUGUAUUUAUUAUUUUGUAUUGGCAUUUGUAGUUAUAAUUAAAUAUUAUUUUAAAUAACAAUGUAUAAAAUAUUUUGAAUAAUUUAAAAAUAGUUAAGUGAAGGACGAGCUUUAUACAAUUUGGGAAAUGUAUAUCACGCUAAGGGUAAACAUAUAGGAAGAGUGGGUCAACAAGAUCCUGGAGAAUUUCCAGAAGAAGUAAAAGUUUGCAUUGAACAAGCUGUUAAAUAUUAUGAGUAAAUAUAUUUUUUGUAUAUAAAUUUAUAUCAUAUUAAAUUGUUAACUUUUUUGGAAAAAGCUCAGCAAUGUUUACACAAGGAAUGAAAUCUGAGUCUUGCAGGGUAUUUACACUACUAUUAUGCUGGUAGUUAGUAAUGCAGAUGUUCUUCAUCAGUUACUAUUAUUUUAUCAUAGUUUGUCUAGCAAACUAUUAGUUAAACUAUUAAACUAAUAUUUAUUAUGAUGAAAGUUUCAAUAAAAUUAUAGUUGGAAAAUCAUAUAUUUAUGAAUAAUUUUUAUACAGGGAAAAUUUGAAAUUAAUGAAAGAGUUAAAUGAUCGUGCAGCUGUUGGUCGUGCAUGUGGUAACUUAGGGAAUACCUAUUAUUUGUUAGGAAAUUUUAAGGAAGCUAUUCAAUAUCAUGAGGAGGUAAUAAUACAUUAUUUUUCUAAAUUUAAUCUUGUUUUAAAUGUAUUUUAUUUUUAGAGACUAAAAAUUGCCCGAGAAUUCGGUGACAAGUCAGCUGAACGGAGAGCAAAUAGUAAUUUAGGAAAUUCUCAUGUUUUUCUUGGUGAAUUUGAAGAAGCUGCUGAUCAUUAUAAGUAAAAAAUAAUAUAUUUUAGAUUAAUUUAUAUUAAUUAUAUUACAAUAUAAUAUUAGGAAAACUUUGAUCCUCGCUCAAGAAUUAGAGGAUCGUGCAGUUGAAGCACAAGCAUGUUAUAGUCUUGGCAAUACAUAUACACUUUUGAGGGAUUAUAAUACAGCUGUUGAUUAUCAUUUAAGACAUUUAGACAUAGCCCAAAAAUUACAUGAUAGAAUUGGUGAAGGUAAAGUAUUGUUUACAAUUUGUAAGUAAAAUUGAAAAUUAUUUUAUUUCUUAAUUUUAUAUAAAAUAAAUUGUUGUUUAUUUGAACUUUUAUUGCAUUAUUUGCAUUCUUAUUAAUCAAUAAGUAAUGCCCGGAUUUAAAUUUAAAAUGUAUUAUUAUUUUUAAUCUUAAACAUUGAUUUUUAUGUAUGUACACAAUUUGAUUCAUUGUAACAAAUUCUUCAAAAGUUAAACAAUAGCAUUGCCAUUUUUAGAGUAUUUAUUGAUCACUGUUUGUUUUAAGUGCAAAUUUAUAUAUUAUUUAAAUUAAAAAAUUAAAUUUUGGUGAUUUAAAAUGUUAAUUUUUAUGAAAUUUGAAUUGGUUUUAGGUAUAAGCAUCAAUACUAUUAUACAUAUUGUCAAUCAUUUUAUUUAUGAUUUUUAUAACAGCUUUAUCUUAUUUAGAUCAUAGCAUCUAGUUUUUUUUUUUUGUGCAGUUUUGACUAUUUUUAGAGCACUUUUUUUUUUUUUUCUUAUGGCUUAAUAUAGACCAUUCAGGUUAAUCACCGCAGCCACAACUUCCCUCCAUAUGUCUUUAUCCGUGGUUAACUUUUUGCCAUUCAGGAUUCCCAGCCAGCUAGAUCUUAAUGAACUCUGUUAUCCAUCUUCGUCUUAGAUGGACAAGUGGUCUUUUAUUCUUCGGCUUCCAGCUGGUGACUUGACUAAUUAUCUGUUUAUACAUGCCUUGCCCAUCUUAUUCUUUUACUUUUAAUUAUAGCUAUUAUGUCUGAAUCCUCAUGCUUAUAACAUGCUUAUAACUUCUUUGUUCUUUCGUCGCUCAUAUUCUCCCAUAUUUUGGGUUCUCCUGGGGCCAAAAAUUUGACAUAACAUCUUUCUCUCAAAUCUUACUAGGUUCUGUUUGUUUGUCUUUGUUAUAGCCCAAGUUCCACUCAUAUAGCGCUAUCGGGUGUAUCAUUACUUUGUAUAAAGUUAGUUAAGAUUUUAAAAUUUUCUGUAAUCCGAAGAAGCACUUGUUAACUGAGUUUAUUUUAUUUUUUAUUUCUUAGUAGUUAUUGCCCAACACAUUAAAUUCCAUCCCUAGAUAUUUGAAGUUUUAGACCCAUUUGAACUCCACACUUCCCUUACUAUCAAAUUAUUACGUCUAUUAUUUCUCCAUGACAGCAUCAUGUACUUUGUUUUUUCUUCAUUUAUAGUUAAGUUCAUUUGUUUACUUUUAUCCAUGAGAGCUUCUGCUAUGCACUUAAGGUUGCUUUCAGAUUUGGAUAGUAAUACUGUGUCAUUAGCAUAUACUGUUAGUUUUAUAGUCAUAGAUCCUUUUAGUUUAUCUCCUAUAAGGGUGUUUAAUGCCUUUCUAACCACUCCCUCCAACACAAUUUUGAAGAGCAUUGGUUAGAGAACACCUCCCUGUUUCAGUCCUGUGUUAAUCAUGAAUUUCUUUGACAGUUGGCUGUUAAAUUUGAUCAUACAUUUAGAGUUUUGAACACAUGCCUGUUUAUAAUCUACAAAUAGCAGGAAAUUCAAAUUUCACAAGAAAAAUCAUAGAAGAUAGACUUAAGUAAUAUACACGUUAUUAAUAAAACAUAAUAGUACAUGUUGGUUAUUACUAGGCUUAGGGAUUUCUAUCAUUGGCAUAUUUUUCCUGAAUUAUGUAAAAAAUAGAAAUCCUGUACAUAUUAUAUAGAAUCUAAAUCCAAAAUUUGGUUGUGCAUAUUUUAGCAUAUUUUAAUGUUUUGUCUCAUUAAACCAUAUAUUAGCAAUAUGCAGCUUUUAUGUGCUAUAACAGGCCAUUUAUUACAUUUUUAAAGCAUAUUUGUAUGAUUUUUAGAGCUAGAAGUCCCUAAACCUUGUUAUUACUUAUUACUGGUUUCUAAUCUAUAUAUCUCAUAUAUUUCUAUCGACAUAAGACUCAAUUUGUGCUGGUCUCAAUGAGAAUCUUCUAUCAAUGACGAUUGUAGAUGUGAGAGUUAUAUUUUAAAACUAGAAUACAUAUCAUAACAUUAUUCUUUAAAAUAAUAAGUAUCCCCUUGAUCAUAUGUCAGAUACAAAGUUAUCAAUGUUAAUUAAACAUAAAUUAAAUUUACAGACAGCUGAAAUCCAGACAAUUGUAAAAACUCCGUAAGAUUAUACAGGUUGAUUUUUUCAUCAUGAAUUAGCAAUUAUCUCAGAGGAUUUUAAGUGAAUUUGAUUUCUGUUUUUUCUAAUCAUUAUGGAAUCAUUUAAGCUUUAUUUUAAAACCAUUUUAAAUUUUUUACCCCUACUCCCAUGUACCUUAAAUAAGUACUUACUUUUGAUUUUCAAAUAGAAACCUCCACACUUUUUGAACGCAGAUUUGAAUAGAGAAUAUUUUUCUAGAAAUUUUGAUAUGCAUAACACUAAUACCAGAUUUACCGUUUAUAAGUUAUAACAGUUUAAAGUUUAGACCGAAGAAUAGGGAAGGGUUUUAAAUGGUUCAUGAUAAAAAAAAAUCACCCUGUAUACUAUCAUACAAAUGUGUAUUACAGUUUGUUGCUAAAUUUUUAUUUUACUAGACUAAUUUUUUUUAGUCAAAUUUAAUUAUUUUAUUAUUUAUUAGUAUUAUUUAAUUAUUUAAUUUAAUUUUAGUUUAUUUUUAAAAGUAAAAACUAAUAAUUAUAUAGAUUAAGUAUGUUAUAUUAUAAAAGGUUUACAUAAAAUUAAAGUAUACUUAAAUAACUAAAUAAAUGUAUUAUAUAUUAGACUUAUUGUUUUAUAAUUAUUAUUAUAGGUAGAGCAUGCUGGAGUUUGGGAAAUGUAAAUUUAGCUUUAGGAAAUCAUGAAAAAGCAUUGUAUUUUGCUUCAAAGCACCUUGAAAUAUCUAAAGAAGUAAUUAUUGUUUAUUAUUUACUUCAAAGUAUAAAUUAUGUUAACAAUAAUAGUGUGUUUUUUCCCAUUAAGAUUGGUGAUACAGUAGGUCAAGCAACUGCUCAGAUAAAUAUAGUGGAUAUUAAGAAAUCUUUGGGUAUGUCAAAUGGUCAGCUUUCACCAGAGAGCAAAGAAUUAUUGGACACAAUUUCGAACACACAACCAUCACCUCAAUUACGACGAUAUAGGGUGAGACGUCAAAGCAUGGAACAGCUUGAUUUACUUAAGGUAGUGUGUGCAUGUUAAUGGGUGAUAAGCUUUUGUUUGAUAUUGUAUUUAUGUUAUAUAAUAUGCAUCAACUUUUAUUGUGUUUAGUUCAACACCAAAAUAUUUUUAGCUAACAUUGAUGUUUUAUCAAGUAAAUUAUUAUUAUAAAAAUUGCGACUAUGACUGCUUUAUUUUGGGUUUGUAUGCAUAUUUAAAGUGCUUGGAAGAAAUAGAUUCAAAGGUUUCGUUGAUUUUGAGGAACAUAUUGGAAUUUCGUUCAAUUAUUGUAGGAAUAUGAACAAAAUUUUGUUCAGUUUUUCAUUCUUAGAUAACUACAUAAUUUUACUAAUUUUAAUAAACAUUAUUUUUAUUAUUAUUAUUUAUUAAUAGUAUAUAAGAUAGUCCAAAUUGUCUCUUGCGAAAGACAUUUGCAAGUUAGCUGUUUAUGAAGUUUAUAAUGUAUAAAAUUAAAAAAAAAAAUAUACACAUUAAUGAUUUUUAUUUUUGGAACUAAAAAUGUUUCUUCAAUUUAGAAAUGAGCUUGGAAUUAAUCCUAUUUGAACUAGAUGGACAUGAACAAUUCCUUUAUAAGAACUUUCCAAGCACUGGAUAUUAAAUAAUUACAAAUUUUAAAACUGUGCUAUUUGUUAAUUAUUUUAGUUAACUCCAGACAAUAAAGGCAAAACAUCUAGUACUAAUGAGAAAAUGUAUCAGCCUACUUCAUCAGGUUCUAAUAAGGUAUUCAAUUUAAUUACUUAAUUUAUCAUGUUUGUUAGUAUAAAUUUUGUUUUCGAAUAAUAGUCUGAAAAAUCUGAAGAUGAUCCAUUCUUUGAUUUGCUGUCACGAUUUCAAGCAGGACGUAUGGACGAUCAACGCUGUACUCUUGGUUCCUCAAGAAAUUUGGAAGAUAAAGAAAACCAAAACUCAAAUAAAUUAAUUUCGCAGAUUGGUAAAUGAUUUCUAUCUACUAGUUAUUUAUAAACCUAAUAUAAUUUUUCAACAACUAUCAAAAUCAAAUUUACUUGAUUUUUCAUUAACUUUAUUAUUUAUUUAUACUACUUCAUUUUUUAACAAUAAUGUGUGUUUAAUGACAUAUGUUCUCUCAUAUAUGAUUGAGGAUGUUUUGUGAACAUUAUGUUUUUUUUUUUCAAUAAUGAUGAACAGAAACUUAUUCAUUAUAAUAGAUAGUUGUUUCAAAAAAGUUAUUCAUUUUUAGAAGUAAGAUGGCAGUUUAAGAAGAGAUUCUGGAAAACUAAAUUGGUUUUAAUUAAUUAUUAAUUUGGUUUUACAGUGGUAUUUAUUUUUAUUUUUAUUUAUGGACAACUUUUCUACUAACAAUUUUACUCAGAUUUUCAAGUGUAGCACUUUUUCUGAAAUUAAAUCUGAAUACUAUGGCAACUUUUAGGUCAUUUUUUUGAUUUUCUUAGUUUUCAUAAUAAAUUAGAAAACUGGAAAAUUUACAAAAUGUAUUAUUUUCAAAUCAUAAAUAUUACGGCCUUUCAAAACAUCUCAAAACAACCAAAUUUCACUCAGAAUUGUUUUUCAUUAGCAAUGAAUAAUCUGCAUAUAUAUAUGCAUUCAAUUUCCCCCUCUACCUUUCCAACUCCUUACCUACAAUAGCGGUCCACCUAUCGUGUGAAAUUAUGUCUGUUUUUUAACUCUAUAAGCAGUAAACAAUACAUAUUAAUUUAUUCAUAAAUAAUCUAUGAUAUAAGUACAAAUUAUUUAUUAUGAUGUAUUCAAUCAUUUUUUUAAAUUUUUUAGUCAUGGUCUUUAAGACUACUUUACCAAACAGAUCUUCCACUUAUCACAUUCCUAUGCUAAAUUGUUAAUCUAUAACAUUUGCAUCUAACAUCUACAUCUAUGUAUUUUUUAAAGUUCUACUAUAAUUUAAAUUGUAUCAUUGGAAAUAUGUGUUAGUAUAGAUAAACAUUAAAUUUAUUUGACUAUAAUUAUAAUAUUUAAAUUUGUUUAUUGUAGGUAGUCAUGCUGAAAGUCAAGAUGAUUUAUUGGACAUGAUAGCGGGUAUGCAGAGUAAACGUAUGGAUGAACAAAGAGUAGAAUUAGAACAACUUCCUGGAAUUGCAAAGCCAGAUAAUGAACAACCCGAUGAUAAUUUCUUAGAAUUGUUGAUGAGAUGUCAAGGUGAAAGGCUGGAAGAUCAGCGCAGUGAGCUACCAGUAUCUAACAUUAGUAGUGAUGGAGAAUCUCAACGUACACCGAAUCGAGGGCCGACUGUACCAGAUGAAGACUUUUUUACUUUAAUUAUGCGUCUUCAAUCAGGUCGAAUGGAAGAUCAACGAGCAAGUGUGCCAAUGUUAAAACGAAAUUAUUGA